AUGCAGAUCUUCGUUAAGACCCUCACCGGCAAGACCAUCACCCUCGAGGUCGAGUCGUCAGACACCAUCGACAACGUCAAGUCGAAGAUUCAGGACAAGGAGGGCAUUCCUCCCGACCAGCAGCGUCUUAUCUUUGCGGGCAAGCAGCUUGAGGACGGCCGCACCCUGUCCGACUACAACAUCCAGAAGGAGUCGACGCUCCAUCUCGUUCUCCGUCUCCGCGGUGGUAUGCAGAUCUUCGUCAAGACCCUUACGGGUAAGACGAUCACGCUGGAGGUUGAGUCGUCGGACACGAUCGACAACGUGAAGUCGAAGAUCCAGGACAAGGAGGGUAUUCCCCCCGACCAGCAGCGUCUCAUUUUUGCCGGAAAGCAGCUGGAGGACGGCCGCACGCUCUCGGACUACAACAUCCAGAAGGAGUCGACGCUUCACCUCGUCCUUCGUCUGCGUGGUGGAAUGCAGAUCUUCGUCAAGACCCUCACCGGCAAGACGAUCACGCUGGAGGUCGAGUCCUCGGACACUAUCGACAACGUGAAGUCGAAGAUUCAGGACAAGGAGGGCAUUCCCCCUGACCAGCAGCGCCUGAUCUUUGCUGGAAAGCAGCUGGAGGAUGGACGUACGCUCUCGGACUACAACAUUCAGAAGGAGUCCACCCUUCACCUCGUCCUUCGUCUCCGUGGAGGACAGUAG